AUGGAGUACUCGACUGAAGAUAUCACAGCAGCGAGGAGCUUGCAGUCCACUAAGUACAUGCUUGGUGCGUACUACCUGAACCCCAUAUUCUUUGUCCUGACACAGUUCAGCGUCGGUGGCUACAUUUUGGGUAGGCUUACUCCGAUCUCUUCACGUCUGCCAUCAAACUCGUUUAUCCAGACCUAUGACUAUGCAUGUUCACUUCAUGGAGAGUGGGCAUUUUUGCUUCUAUCGCGCUGGUGCAAGAUGAAAGGCCUGUAUAUUGUCACACGAUACCUUCCUUUUAUCUUUCUCACCACUAGUCUAUAUGCGAGCUUUACCCCGGAUGAAAACCCAGGUAAAUGCCGGAUGCUGGCAAAUAUUCGAUCAGGUCUUGGUAUGGUAUUAGUCAUUUUUUCAGAAUGUAUCUCUCUGUUCCCUCAUAUUAUGCGUGCUUCUGAUCCAACUCGUUCAGGUUUUUUUAUCCUGAGGACAUAUGUGCUCUGGAACAGAAAUAGAAUCUUGCUCGCAGCUAUGCUUUCCACUUUGUUCGCUUUCCUCGUAGCAUCCUUCUGCAUCACCUUCGACACUACCGUCCCCGCAGCAUAUACGACUAGCGCGAUCCCGGGCAUCACAGGGUGCUAUCGGAGUUCGACCAGUUACCAACUCUUCAUUCCAUUUCUUCUCUCUUCCGUGUUCGAACUGGGAUUCAUGAUACUCACGCUCAUACGCGCCAUGCAAGAUUGGCGGACAAGCUCAGGCUGUCUGUACGUUGUCCUGGUGAACCAUAACAUAUCCUAUUAUGCAUGCAAUCUUUUGUUAUCGGUGACGACCAUCUUCACAUUAUUGCUCCUCCAGGAUACCUACCAGACCAUUUUGGAUGCUUUCCAGUUCGUGAUACUUCCAAUCCUUGCCACCCGCAUGCACCUCCAUCUCUGGCAAGUGGACCGACGUGCACAGGACUCUGACACCCUCAUGAGCAUUCCAAUGUCAGAUAUCUCAUUUGCAGAUUUCACCGCGUGA